AUGGCCUGCCAGAGGACUCCGAAUUUACAGCCCGGGAACGAAAGAUUAGAGCGUGACCGGAGUGGCCAUGAUCAAGGCCCUAUCAUUACAGUCAGCACCUCUAACUUGACUGAGAAUGUUCAGAGGCCUGCAAAAUCGGGUCAGCAUUAUCAUCCGAAUUACACCAGCGACUUCGCACUUAGUAGUCCAAAGUAUGAUAUCACAGGUUCGAAUACCCGACUGUACCACCCCUCGGAAUUUGACGACUUGGUUUCGUAUUCGAAUUUCGGACCCCCUCCAUCGGCGAUCCGAUCCCUAGAGACGCCACAAUAUACCCCCUUAGCAUCAAGGGCCUCGAGUGUGUCGACAAUAUCUCAAACUUCAUUUCUAGCUACUGAAGCCAAGCAACGCCAAUCUGCCCGCGAACUGUUUAAGCAGCAUGGUAUCAGGAGGCCAACCGGUUGGUUUUCUGAUGAUGAAGAUCUAUCUCUCUUAGGCGAUAGGACUGCCGGCCCCCGACGCUUCUGCAGAAUCUGCCACGUCUGUUCUACACGAACUUGGUCGCAAACUCAUUGCUUAUCUUGUCGGCAUCGUUUAUGCGAAAAAUGCCUAUGUGAGGUCCCUAAGAGCACCGAAAAGGAGCAUAAAACAUUUUCGCACAACCACAAUUAUCAUUCUACCAGGCAGGAUAAAGCACAGUAUACUAAGCCAGCCUUAUCAACCCCGGAACCUGUGCAAUUAGCACGGAAAGUAUCGCGAUCGUUUAACAGGGCUAGCAAUAACCGAUCCGCUCAGCGUACGGCCUUACAUCAGCCAUCUUAUGCACACUAUCAAGAAAAUGCCACCCCUAAAUUACGGCCAGUGACUUCGAAAAAUAUAGGCACCGAGAAACCAACACAACCUGCAGCACUACCUACUGCAAGUCUUGUAUCAGGGAGGCCAGACUCACCACGGGGCUUGCCUGUUCGCUCAGUGAAGCAGAAUCCUUUUGUGGUCGGUGACAAGGAGAGGGUAGAAUCGACUACGAAAUCCCACAUUCCUGAGCCAUUAUCUAUCCAACAUUAUCAUUGCUACAGGCCCCAGCCGCAGAUAGGUGGUAGGGAUCAUGAAGUAGCUAAUAGCCAUGUAGAAUGUGAUAAUCCCAUGUGUAGAGCGACACAUGCCGGGCAUUACCCGUACCGACAUAGCAUCACUUGUGCUUUGCACCGAAGUGAAGAGGUCGAAAAGCAUGGGGGGCCACCCAGAGAAUUGCUGGUAUCAGAUAACCCUUCCGCUCAUCCGCUGAGCUUACAGUCUAGGAAAGAUACGUUGCGACCCCCAUAUGAUACAAUUCAUCGGCAUCAUUUUGCAGGUCUCCAUACGCCCUAUCAUGUUGCAGAACAUAUUACCAGUGGCGCUAACUACGGGAUUCGGCACCUAAACAGUAAUCGCUCGGGUAAAGCUGUCGAUGAGGCUGGAUAUGGUAUCACAGGCCAACGCCAAGAGUUCAAAUCUACCGAAACCGAAUGUGCCUCCUACACCGAUCGAGGAUAUGAGAAUAGCCACGAUAUUGCAGACAACCAUGCCUCGACUAGGGUCGAGGCUGUUAGUAGAGAUUAUACAGCAAACACGGCGAAAGGGAUUGGACAUGACGCCCGAGGUAGAAAAUCUUUACCCAAGAGCCGUGUGUUCAGUCCACCAUCAUGGUUACAAGCACCGAGUAAAGAAGUAGGCGACGCCCGGUCUAGACUGCAUCAUAUCGACGUCGGAAACCACGGGCGUCCGUUGCACGUUGAUGUAAUGAACCUAGAGGGAGAAAGUGUAAAUCAUUCACAGAGCCUGGUUCAUGGGCCGGCCCCCGAAAAGGAUUCGUCCAGCAUGUUAGCCAGCUCGAGUAACGAUUUCUUACGGGUUUCUGCCCCUUCGCCUCUAACAGCUUUGCAUGUCACGCAACACCAAAGACCAGAGUCCCAGCAGGAUCAUUCAUCUCAACAUUUGUCGUCCAGAGCAAGCUUUGACGUACAUACCCGUACAAAAACUUCGUCAGCAGAAAAUCGACAGGCAUCCUCACACGACAGACGUCGUCCAACGCACCUUCAGGUCGAAGAUACUAGAUACUCACGAAAUACAUAUCGUAGCUCCCCACUCGCUCGUUCGGAUAUCUCCCAUUCGCAGCAUAGUCUAGAGGGUUCCAAACGCCCUCACAGCUUCGUGCAUGAACAACCUCAGAUUAAAUCUAACGAUCCUGAAAAUGGACGCGUUUAUCCCCGAGACGACACCCGCACAGUACGCGGGAAUGGACGUACUCCAUUGAGUACUACGGCUCAUGCCAGCCACUCGCCUCUGCAGCCACGACAUAUCCUACGUGAUAUGGGCGAGCACGGAAUGUUUGGAAGCAGGAGUGUGAUACUGGAACCUGAAGAUAGAAAAUCGUCUAUCACAAUCACUAAUACAACUGCGGAGUUCGAAGUUCACCGGCCUAGUCCCAUUCCGCCUCCAAACCACGAUUGCAGCUGGAAGAGCCGCUAUCUAGCACUGACAGCUGAGAUCCGCUUACUGAAAGCAGAGCUGUCUACUAGGGCUUCCCUUAGGGGGGCAGAUGUUGAUUAUGCAAGACGGGCCGACGAGAACGUCGCGAAUGAAGAGGAUGACCUGGGGAUCGAGGGGGUCACGAUUGUUAUGCACUUGAAGGGUAGGGAUGACUUGGUUAUUAAUACGGACUUAACCCGAGCAGUCGAAUGA